AUGGGUGCUGCCGGCGGUGGCUUCUCCCGGGAUGCCGUGAAGCAGAUUCCCGCUGAAGCCAAAAGGCUGUACAUCUGGCUUGCUGUGAUUUGGUCCAGCUACUGUGGUGGCCUGCAUGGAUUCAAUACAUCUAACAUAUCUGGGGCGAUGAGCCUGGAUCCCUUUGUCCGGGAUUUUCACUGGACGGAUCUGAGCGAUGCUAAAGUAUCAAAUAACAGUGGCUGGGCGGUCUCCUCCAUGCUCCUGGGGCAAGUGACAGGAAUCCUUAUAUCAGGACCUCUCGGUGAACGACGUGGGCGGAAACCAGUUAUCAUGGCCUCUGCCAUUUUCUAUACCAUUGGUGCACUACUAAUGUGCGGGAAUGUUGGUUCGUUUGCAGAAUUGCUCGUGGGAAGAAUCCUUUCCGGUAUAGGAUCUGGAUUCGGUAUGACAGCCGGGCCAGUAUACAUUUCUGAAGUUGCCCCCCAGGAACUACGUGGUAUGAUGACAACCUUCUACAAUGUCAAUAUCAUGGGUGGUGUGGCGGGAAGCUACUGGAUCAACUACGCUUCACAGGGUGUUAUCUCUUCUGAAUCUAGCUGGCAGUGGCGUACUACUUUCGUCUUGCAAGCUAUUCCAUCGGUCAUUCUCUUUGUUGGCUAUCCCUUCUUUCCGGAAAGCCCUCGGUACCUUAUGAUGCGUGGACGUGUGGAAGCUGCUCGCAGCAGUCUAUCACGCCUCCGAGGCGGGCUAGAGGAGUCCAAUGCUUACUUUGCCCGAGAGUGGAUGGAACUGCAAAGCAAAGUUGACACCACGGCGGAGGCAUCCUCUCAAUCAGCCCUCAAAUCAACACUUUCUCUUUUAAAAACAUGCGUCUCCGAUGCGCCCACACGUCGUCUUUUGACCUUCGUCACGUUGAUCCAGACCUUCUUCAUCAUGUCAGGAGGAAAUUCCAUUACUUACUACGCGCCGACAAUUUUGAAGUCAAUCGGUCUCAACUCCACGCAGGUCCUUCUGUUCACAGCUGUGUAUGGACUUAUCAAAGUCGUCUCCGUCUUCCUCUAUGCCUUCUUCUUUACAGAUCGUUUUGGUAGGCGGCCACUUCUUCUCAUUGGGUCCGCCGUAAACACGGUUUGCUUGCUCUACCUUGCCGUCUAUCUGGGAGUUGCCAAUCUGUCAACUUCAGCUGCUCCCUCACCGGCUGCCUGGGUCAGUAUCGUGGCAAUAUGCCUUUUUGCUGUCGGGUACGCCAUCGGCUGGGCGCCAGCCUUCUCCCUGACUGCAUCAGAAAUCUGUCCCACACAUCUGCGCGGCACCAUCGUCAUGAUUACAUUCACAUACCAAAACUUGCUGAAUUUUGGCAUUACGAGAGGAUUCCCCAAUAUGAUUGUUUCUAUGAAGUCCUAUGGGCCGUUUGCGCUCUUUACAGCGUUUACUGGGUGUGCCACCGUCUGGGUGUUUUUUGCCUUCCCUGAAUGUAAGGGACGCAGUAUGGAGAGUGCUAAUGCAUUGUUUUCACUCCCCUGGUAUAAAAUCGGCUUUCAGAAGGUUCCAACACAGGGUGAGACAAGAGAGAUUGAUGAUGAGGAAAAGGUGAUCUCCAUUCACGAUGAGGAUGUGCAGGCAAAAGACAAAGAUAUGAGGCCCUAA